GGUGGCCAUGGUCGCUUCCGCUCCCGCGAUGCGGGGCUCCCAGCUGUGUUUUUCGCAAAGUGAGAUCCGGGGCGUCCCGGGCCCUUCGUGAGCGCUCGCGCGCCCGCUGUCUCCCCUCGGGGACCGAGGCCGCGGCCCGGGGAGGAGCGGGCGGCGGGGGCCGGGUCGUCUGUCGCUGGGCUCUGCCUGGGGCGGCGCUGCCCGGGUGCCCUGGACCCUCUCAGCUGCUGCCGGAGCCCCCGGGAGAGUCCAGCUUCCCACGGAGCCCGGCGGAGGAGCUGUGAGGACCGCGGGCCGGUGCGCCGAAGCCCCCAGUGCUUGCUUGCCAGAGCCCUGCCUUGUCUCAAAGAGAAGAAGAGAAAGAACCAUGACCAAGUUACAGGAGACCAUGACGUUCAGGGACGUAGCCGUGGUCUUCAGUGAGGAGGAGCUGGAGCUGCUGGAUGCUGCCCAGAGGAAGCUGUACCAUGAUGUGAUGAUGGAGAACUUCAGGAACCUUCUGUCAGUGGGAGGCCAAAGUCCAAACAGGAUGGAGACUCUUCACAUAACAGGAUUAAGGUGCUUUUCACUGGGACAACCUCCAGGCUGUCAAAUGACGAGCCAUGAUGUCAACAAAUGGGUCAGUGCUCCAGAAGCUGUAAACACUCAAGGAAAGGGUUCUCACUUCCUGGAGCAAUGCUGCUUCUCCUGCCAUUGGGGACUACAAGAGCCUCCCGAGGGUUUCGAGGACAAUGGCUGUCUUGAGGGUCUUACAAGCAACCAUACCAGCAGGACUGAAAAUCAAGAAUUUCUGUGUGGGAAAGCUCGGAGUUCUUGGAGGGAAACACAUCUUAGCCAGAGACAGAACCAUCAGAAACAACGUCCACAGACUCUGGUGAAAAACAAGCCACAGCGGUUGGCUUUGGGUGUUGACCUUCUGAGUUGCAUUUCCCACCAUGAUAACAAUACACUGCAUCAAAGAGACAAAGCCCACAGGAGUGGUGACUAUAGUAAAGUCAUCUGUCCCAAGUCACUCCUCACCCAGCACAGUGUUUACACAGAAGGGAAGACCUACCAGUGCAGCGAGGGCCAAGAAGUCAUCAUUGACAGCCCCGGUUUAGAACUCCAUCAGCAGGUCCUGUUGGGAAAGGAGUCCCCUGAACCUAGGACACAGGAGGACAUCAGGCAUAGCUUCAGUGUCCCCAUUCAACAAAGUGCUCUUCCAGGAAAAAAGCGCUACUGGUGUCAUGAGUGUGGCAAGGAUUUUAGGAAGAGGGCAAACCUUCAGAAUCACCAGAGAGUGCACACAGGUGAGAAGCCCUACCGGUGUGACAGCUGUGGGAAAGGCUUCCGCCGCAGCUCAGAUCUCAACGUCCACUGCCGAGUGCACACAGGAGAGAAACCUUACAAGUGUGAGGUGUGUGGGAAGGGCUUCACGCAGUGGGCACACCUUAAGAUCCACAAGAGAAUUCACACAGGAGAGAAGCCUUAUAAGUGUGGAGACUGUGGCAAAUGCUUCAGUUACAGCUCAAACCUUCACAGGCACCAGAGAGCCCACCCUGAGAAGAAACCAUAUAAGUGUGAUGAAUGUGGGAAGAGCUUCUGCUCAAAUUCUAGUCUUCAAAGCCAUCAGCAGGUCCACAUAGGGGAGAAGCCAUAUAAAUGUGAAGAGUGUGGGAAGAGUUUCAGUUCAGGCUCACAAUUCCGAAGCCACCAGCCAGUCCAUACAGGAGAGAAACCAUUUUGCUGCAGUGUGUGUGGGAAGGCCUUCAGUUGGAGAUCAACGUUUAAAGCCCACCAGAGAGUUCACACCAGAGAAAAACCAUGCAGGUGUGAUGUGUGUGGGAAGCACUUCAUCUCAAGCUUGAGCUUCCAGAGUCACCUGAGUGUCCACACGGGAGAGAAACCCUAUGAAUGCGAGGAUUGUGGGAAGGGCUUCAGUCAUGCCUCGCACCUCCAGGCCCACCAGAGGGUACACACGGGAGAGAAGCCCUACAAAUGUGACACAUGUGGGAAAGCCUUUAGCCAGAGGUCCUAUCUCCAAAUCCAUCAGAUAAUUCACACUGGGGAGAAGCCUUUCAAGUGUGAGGAGUGUGGGGAGGAAUUCAGAUGGAGCCAGGCUCUUAGUGCUCACCAGAGGGUCCACACAGGACAGAAACCCUUCAUGUGUCAGCAGUGUGGAAAGGGCUUCAGUCGGGUCUCAUACUUACACAAGCACCAGAGGGUCCACACAGAAGAGAAACCCUACACGUGUCAGCAGUGUGGGAAAGGCUUUCGUCAUGCCUCAUCCUUCCACAAGCACCAGAGGCUCCACACCAGGGAGAGGCCCUAAAUCUGCAGCAUCUGCUGUUAGGGCUUCAGUCAUAGAUCACAUCUCAUCUACCAGCAGAGGGCCCACACUGUGGGUUUGUUCUGCUGUCAGGUGGGCCCCAUGCUGCUGAUUGUUAAAAGCUCCCCAAACCCAGAGGCUUGGAGAGACGUAUCAGGGGACUGGAUUUUGUUAUUUUGCCCUUAACUCAUUCUCCUACUUGGCUCAUUUUGCAAAGGGAAUAUAGUAUUUAGAAUGGGUCUCCUUAGCACACAAACAAUGUCAAAAAUUAAAGACUUAUGUAUA